GUCGGAAAGUAGGUUAGUGGUGCGACAUUUAGGGAAGGCAGAAAGUAGGUCAGGGACGGAGGUGCCUGUUUACCCGCGCCGGACUCACCGCCGCCGCCGCCGCGGGAUCCGAGUGGGGGCGCGGGCGCGGGCGCUCCCGGCGAGCCACGGUAAAAACCAGAGGAUUGGAUAGAGAGUAAGAGAGAAAGAGACGAGACAAGACGAGAAUGACUGCAAAUCUUUGGCCUGGGCAACUGGAAGACCAUGGCCUUAAACUGAGAUGGGUGGUGCUGGCUAGAGUGCAUGCUUUUGGACCCAAGCUUAACUUUUCAAAUGUGGAAUGCUAGGCCUUCAUUGGUUUCUGGAAGAAGUUGACUGCCUGAAAGGAAGCGACAAAACAUGAAAAUUGCUUUGAGGUGACCAACAAGUCCAGUGGCCCCUUGCUUCUCCCAAGGUGGAUCUGGGGUUUAAGAACCGUAACUUCAGAUGAGGAAACUCGGGCCCAGAGAGCGGGAGUGACAGCCCCAGUCACGGCGCUUGGAGCUGGACCCCGACAGCGGGCAGUGCACGGCCACCUUCAGCUGGGUUUGCACUUGGAGUCCCUUGCAAGACUCCAAUGGCCGAACAGAGAAUGGACAUUUCUUCAACUAUCAGCGACUUCAUGUCCCCAGGCGCCACCGACCUCCUCUCCAGCCCCCUGGGCACCGGUGGCAUGGAUUGCAACCGGAAACGCAAGGGCAGCUCCACGGACUACCAAGAAAGCAUGGACACAGACAAAGAUGACCCUCAUGGAAGGUUAGAAUACACAGAGCACCAAGGAAGGAUCAAAAAUGCAAGGGAAGCUCACAGCCAGAUUGAAAAGAGGCGUCGGGAUAAAAUGAACAGUUUUAUUGAUGAACUGGCUUCUUUGGUACCAACGUGCAACGCGAUGUCCAGGAAAUUAGAUAAACUUACUGUGCUGAGGAUGGCUGUUCAGCACAUGAAAACAUUACGAGGUGCCACCAAUCCAUACACAGAAGCAAACUACAAACCGACUUUUCUAUCAGAUGAUGAAUUGAAACACCUUAUUCUCAGGGCAGCAGAUGGAUUUUUGUUUGUCGUAGGAUGUGACCGAGGGAAGAUCCUCUUUGUGUCAGAGUCUGUCUUCAAGAUCCUCAACUACAGCCAGAAUGAUCUGAUUGGUCAGAGUUUAUUUGACUACCUGCAUCCUAAAGAUAUCGCCAAAGUCAAGGAGCAGCUCUCCUCCUCUGACACUGCACCCCGGGAGCGGCUCAUAGAUGCAAAAACUGGACUUCCAGUUAAAACAGAUAUAACCCCUGGGCCAUCUCGAUUAUGUUCUGGAGCACGGCGUUCUUUCUUCUGUAGGAUGAAGUGUAACAGGCCUUCCGUAAAGGUUGAAGACAAGGAUUUCCCCUCCACCUGCUCAAAGAAAAAAGCAGAUCGAAAAAGCUUCUGCACAAUCCACAGCACAGGCUAUUUGAAAAGUUGGCCGCCCACAAAAAUGGGGCUGGACGAAGACAACGAACCAGACAACGAGGGGUGUAAUCUCAGCUGCCUUGUCGCCAUCGGACGACUGCACUCUCACAUGGUUCCACAACCGGCGAACGGGGAAAUCAGGGUGAAAUCUAUGGAAUAUGUCUCUCGGCAUGCAAUAGAUGGGAAGUUUGUUUUUGUAGACCAGAGGGCAACAGCUAUUUUGGCAUAUUUACCACAAGAACUUCUAGGCACCUCAUGUUAUGAAUAUUUUCACCAAGAUGACAUAGGACAUCUCGCAGAAUGUCAUAGGCAAGUUUUACAGACAAGAGAAAAGAUUACAACUAAUUGCUAUAAGUUUAAAAUCAAAGACGGUUCUUUCAUCACACUACGGAGUCGGUGGUUCAGUUUCAUGAACCCUUGGACCAAGGAAGUAGAAUACAUUGUCUCCACCAACACCGUUGUUUUAGCCAACGUCCUGGAAGGCGGGGAGCCGAGCUUCCCUCAGCCCACAGCAUCCCCCCGCAGCAUGGACGGCACGCUGCCCUCUGGAGAAGAUUCCUCUGUUGUAGGUGGCCCAAAGAGGACCCACCCCACUGUUCCAGGGAUUCCAGGGGGAACCAGGGCUGGGGCAGGAAAAAUAGGUCGAAUGAUUGCUGAGGAAAUCAUGGAAAUCCACAGGAUAAGAGGGUCAUCGCCUUCCAGCUGUGGCUCCAGCCCAUUGAACAUCACAAGUACACCUCCCCCUGAUGCCUCUUCUCCAGGAGGCAAGAAGAUUUUAAAUGGAGGGACUCCAGACAUUCCUUCCAGUGGCCUACUACCAGGGCAGGCUCAGGAGAACCCAGGUUAUCCAUAUUCUGAUAGCUCUUCUAUUCUUGGUGAGAACCCUCACAUAGGCAUAGAUAUGAUAGACAACGAUCAAGGCUCAAGCAGUCCCAGUAAUGAUGAAGCAGCAAUGGCUGUCAUAAUGAGCCUCUUGGAAGCAGAUGCUGGGCUCGGUGGUCCUGUUGACUUUAGCGACUUGCCAUGGCCGCUGUAAACAAACAAACACUACAUGUUGCUUUGGCGACAGCUACAGUAUCAAAGUGCAUUACUGAUGGAGUUAUACAGUCUGUGAAGCUUACUGGAUAAGGAGAGGAGAGAACAGCUUUUAUGUACUGUCUUCAUAAAAGCCAUCUCAGAGCCAUUGAUACAAGUCAAUCUUACUAUGUGUAACUUCAGACAAAGUGGAACUAAGCCUGCUCCAGUGUUUCCUCAUCAUUGAUUAUUGGGCUAGCUGUGGAUAGCUUGCAUUAAUUGUAUAUUUUGGAUUCUGUUUGUGUUGAAUUUUUUAAUCAUUGUGCACAGAAGCAUCAUUGGUAGCUUUUAUAUGCAGAUGGUCAUUUCAGAUGUAUGGUGUUUUUACACUACAAAGAAGUUCCCCAUGUGGAUAUUUCUUAUACUAAUUGUAUCAUAAAACCGUUUAUUCUUCCUUGUAAGAAAGAAUCCUUUACUAUAAA